CCCUCCGACACUUAACCCAGGCAUCUGCCGUUGAUAAAGGGAAGAGCAGGUACGGGUAGUCAUACGCAUCCUGAUCAUCCUGACGAGAUCAACAACACCGAAUGCAUCGGUACACGAUUAAAAUCCUGAUAUCAGUGUCAUUUUGUUUGAUUUUCUUCUUGAAGAAUUGUUCAGCGGUCUUCUGCGGCCUGCACAAAACUGGUAGCAAGUGCGAAACAAGGGUCGAUGAUCAUAACAAAACUGACAAAAUCCUCUGCAAAGGGGCUUUCAAGGGUUUUAACGAAAACAAUAUGAUCAUAGCCGGGAAAAGGUUCAAUGCAAUAACCCUUUGCCAGCUCCCUGGGCCUGGUUUCGACCCGGCAGUCAUCUCUCCCGUGGAACAGCUUCACAGAUUUUCAUUGAUAAAAUCCAAUAUUACCCAUUUCACUAGGGAUUUUCCCACAGUUAAACAUCUCCAGAUUUUAAAUAUGACGAGACUAAUGCUGGAAAAUCUGUCUUUAACGCUAUUUAGAAAUCUCACAGAUCUCAGAACUAUUGAUUUGAGCUAUAACCGUCUUACAUUUUUCGAUUCUACGGUCGUCGAGUGGAAUCACCAUCUGCAACAUAUUUAUUUAAGAGGAAACAUUUUUGACUGCGACCUGGAUAAAUUUAGUUGGACUUUGGACAAAAAUAAUGGCUCGUUUGCGAGUAAAGUCGUAGACUUGACAGAGAUGGAAUGCGGAAACGAGAAUUAUCCCCAAAAGCCUGUCAUUAAAGUUAUGCGCUACCUCAAAACCCUGGAAAUAGAAUGUCCUGUACUUCCUGGAGGGAUGUGCAAUUGUACUUUGGACAAAGUCGUCCGGUCGCCGAAAUCCAAGUAUCACAUACCGAUUAUCACGGUAGACUGCAGCUUUAGGGGCAUAAAAAACCUUUUCACCAGCAUACCACGCAACACAACAACACUUAACUUAUCAGGGAACAAGAUUUCAGACUUAAGCCCGUUGGCGAUCGGUCAGGCAUACUCGUCCGUUUUUGAUAUCUAUCUGGAUGACAAUCUCAUUCGAUCCGUUGAUGUGCUAGAAGGUGCGAAUUGGAUUAAGAACUUCAGAGUUUUAAGCCUGAGGGACAACGAUAUAAAAAUGCUUCCGACCUAUGCUUUUGAUAACGCUUUUGAAAAAAACAGAUACGCUUUGGAGAUCUAUCUCGGAAAUAAUCCUUGGAUCUGUGACUGCCAUUUCACUCCGGGAUUUAAGGAACUUCUUUUAAAGUAUAGAACGCUUAUCCGAGAUAUAAACGACAUACGUUGUGCGGAACAAGAAAAUGACCAGAAUUCUUUGAAACUGAUUAGGGAUCUUUCGCUAAAUUCUAUAUGCAGGGAGCCAAGGACGUUGCUGAUGUCUCCUGUGGAUUCAAUCAACCUAAUUUUAUUUCUGCUAAUUCUAUUUAUAAUUAUUAAACUGAUGUAUGAUUAUUGGAUAUACAAGGCAACUGGAAAAUUACCCUGGAUAGCGACAAAAUUACCUUAAAUAAAUUUUGACUUCAUUUAUUUGUAU